UUAUAAUGUGAAAAUAUAAACUUAUACAUUGCAAAAAAAGUAUUUGCCCCAAGGGUAAAUAUUAAAGACUAGUAUAAAAAUGGAGAGUUAUAUCAACUCUAAAUCACAAAGUUGAGGGGUAUCACCGGCCCUUUUCCCUGCUUUAAUUAACAAGAGGGCUGCUCUUGAUUAAACAAUCAAAUAUUUGCAAGGCCAGAGCACACUAUAUAUACUGGUUGUACACUAAUGCAAAAAUAUCAAAAUCACCUUUUACUAAGUGUACAUCACUAGUUCAAAAUUCCUUUUUCCCAAUAAAUUGGCAGCUAGCCAUGAGAAUCAUGAAAAUAUUUUUUGUUAUUUUUGCUAUACUUGGUUGUUUUCCAUGGCCAAGUAUGCAGAGCAAUUUGGAGACGUACAUAGUUCAAGUCGAAUCUCCAGAAAGUCAAAUUUCCACUCAAUCUUCAAGAAUGGAUUUGGAGAGCUGGUACAAAUCUUUCUUGCCAAAUACCAUAGCAACCGCUGGCUCAAAUGAAAAGCCGCGGUUGAUAUAUUCAUAUCACAAUGUGAUCAUAGGCUUUGCUGCAAGAUUGUCAGCGAAGCAAGUGAAGGAAAUGGAGAAGACACCGGGCUUUGUAUCUGCGUGGCCUCAAAGGAUGUUGUCUUUGCACACUACGCAUACUCCGAGUUUUCUUGGAUUGCAACAGAACAUUGGCUUGUGGAGGGAUGCCAACUAUGGAAAAGGUGUGAUCAUUGGAGUCUUGGACACCGGGAUUACCCCUGACCAUCCUUCUUUUAGCGACAAAGGGAUGCCUCCUCCGCCUGAAAAAUGGAAGGGCAAGUGUGAAUCAAACUUCACUACGAAGUGUAACAACAAGCUCAUUGGGGCGAGGACUUUCCCAAUAGGCAGUGAUUCACCGAUAGAUGAUAAUGGACAUGGUACACACACCGCCAGCACAUCUGCUGGUGGUUUUGUGAAAGGUGCCAAUGUGUAUGGGAACGCUAAAGGCACUGCGGUUGGGAUUGCCCCUCUUGCUCACCUCGCCAUUUAUAAGGUCUGUCAGCCGUUUGGUUGCGCUGACAGUGACGUUCUAGCUGCCAUGGAUGCAGCUAUUGAUGAUGGAGUAGAUAUCCUAUCUAUUUCCCUUGGUGGAGGUAGCAGGUCAUUCUAUGAAGAUCCCAUUGCACUUGGGGCGUACAGUGCAGCAAAAAAAGGUAUUCUUGUAAGUUGCUCUGCCGCUAAUAAUGGUCCAUAUGAUAGCACCUUAUCAAACGAUGCUCCGUGGAUUCUGACAGUAGGUGCAAGCACUCUUGACAGGAAACUCAAGGCCACCAUUACCCUCGGAAACCAAAAAGUAUUCGAGGGCGAAUCAGCAUUUCAUCCAAAGGAUCACAAUUCAGCAUUUUCCCCUUUGUUUGAUCCCUCACUGAAUGCAACUGACUUCGACAGCCCUUAUUGCGGAACAGGUACUCUGAAUGACCCUGAAAUUAAAGGCAAGAUUGUUAUGUGCAUGGAUGGUGGUGGUUAUUCCAGGAUUGAAAAAGGACAAGCUGUAAAGGAUGCCGGAGGCCUUGGCAUGAUUAUCUUUACCAUUGCUGAUUAUGGUUUCACUAAAUCUGCUGAUGCUCACGUCCUUCCAGCUCUUUUUAUUUCUUACAAAGACGGAAUGGAAAUUCUUGACUACAUGAACUCAACAUCAAAACCAAUUGCAAGAAUUGAAUUUCAAGGAACAAUAAUCGGAGAUAAAGAUUCUCCGGUGGUUGCUGCAUUCUCUUCUCGCGGACCAAGCUUAGCUAGUCCUGGAAUCUUGAAACCUGAUAUUAUUGGUCCCGGUGUUAACAUUCUUGCUGCUUGGCCUUCCUCCGUAGACAACAAAACAAACACAAAGUCUACCUUCAAUAUUAUAUCGGGCACCUCCAUGUCUUGUCCUCACCUCAGCGGAGUAGCAGCAUUGCUGAAAAGCACACACCCGAAUUGGUCCCCUGCAGCUAUCAAAUCAGCAAUCAUGACAACCGCUAACACAGUGAAUCUCGCCAACGAUCCCAUCUUAGAUGAGAGGCUCCUUCCAGCUAACAUCUUCGCCAUUGGUGCAGGACAUGUCAAUCCAUCGAAAGCUAAUGAUCCAGGACUAAUCUACGACACCCAAUUUAAGGACUACCUGCCUUACCUUUGCGGUUUGAAUUACACAAAUCGACAGGUGGGAAACCUCGUUCAACGCAAAGUGGAUUGUAGGGAAGUGAAACACAUUCCUGAAGCACAACUAAAUUAUCCGUCAUUCUCCAUCACACUCGGAGAAAUUUCUCAGACAUAUACAAGAACAGUGACUAACGUCGGGGAAGCUAAAUCAUCUUAUGGUGUGGAAAUAGCUUCCCCACCCGGAGUCUCUGUGAUUGUCAAGCCCUCUACUCUGAAAUUCUCCAAGUUGAACCAGAAGUUGAAAUACCAAGUGACGUUUACGAGAAGAGACAACAGCACAAACAGUCGCAUUAUUCAAGGAUUCGUGAAAUGGAGUAGUAAGAAGUACUCUGUAAGAAGUCCAAUUGCAGUUGUGCUACAGCCUACAAUUGGUUUCUAAUUGUAUUUUUCUUCUCAGUUUGGUAAUUGAAAUAAUGUAUAACAAGCCUAU